CGCCUCGAGAGAAGUGCUGGUUUUCUGAGUAUGAUAGUGUCGGGACACCGAUAGACAGACAAAAAUGAGCGCGCCUCUUUCAACAGCAUGGACCAAACACUUGGCGAUGGCAUGAGACAAACACCGACAUGCGUCCCGGCGCCUUGUUGGCGACCUUGUUUCUGCUACUCCACCGCUCCGAAAUGAAGCACCCAGGAGAUUUCCCCGAAGUAGACUUUUAUGAGAACCCCUCGAUCCACCACCACCACAGGCACAGACACAAGCAACAAGACUCCUUCACCGAUAGCUUCGCGUAUCUCGGACCUUUCAAAUUCAAAGAUAAUCUAGUUUAUGACAUUGCUCCUUUAGAAAAUGAAAGAAAGAAUGACUGGAUGAAUAUGUCUAAUGACCAAGUAGGAGAAAUAAAGGAUAAGAAACAUCUGCACUGGCCAAUAAAGAGAGAAGCAGUUAUUGAAGGAGAUCUUGUACUUGGAGGUCUGAUGAUGGUUCACGAGAGAUCGGACAAUAUGACAUGUGGCCCAGUAAUGCCUCAAGGAGGAGUUCAGGCAUUGGAGACGAUGUUGUAUACACUUGAUUACAUAAACAAUCAGUUAAUGUUAAUCCCUGGAGUGACGCUGGGUACGCAUAUUUUGGAUGACUGUGAUAAAGACACGUACGGAUUGGAAAUGGCUGUGGAUUUUAUCAAAGGUUCAAUAAGCAACAUAGACGACGCAGAGUAUGCGUGCAAUGCGACGGCGGUGCGCAAAGUGAUAUCGGGCGUGGUGGGCGCAGCGUCCUCCGUCACCUCCGUGCAAGUCGCUAACCUGCUACGCCUUUUCAAGAUCCCGCAAGUAUCAUUCUUCUCGACGUCACCAGAGCUGUCGAACAAAGCUCGGUUUGAGUAUUUCACGCGCACGAUUCCAUCAGACCUGCACCAGGUGCGCGCUAUGGUCGAAAUCGUCAAACGACUUGGUUGGAGCUACGUCUCAAUUAUUUAUGAAGAAUCCAGCUAUGGGAUCAAGGCAUUCGAAGAAUUGGAAGCUCUUCUAGCGCGAAGUGACAUCUGCAUUGCUGUGAAGGAGAAACUAGUGAAAGACUCGGGCGUAGCCGACGAGAGGGCGUACGACGAGAUCGUGCAGAAGUUGCUUACCAAGCCUAGAGCUAGAGAUGACGAUAUUAUAUUUUCUUUAGACCGGCCGGCGCAAGCGGAAGUAUUGAAUAUCGAGUGCACGCGUGCUGAGCCACCACAUAUGGCACGCGCUCGCGGCGUAUUCUCGCGCCUUAGAACGGAUCAUAUGAACGCGGAGGAAAAAGAAAGUAUAAAGGCCUUAUGUUCGCGCUAUGCCGACGUUUUUUACUCGGAGGGUGAACUGUUAACUUUCACGAAUAAAAUAAAGCACCGCAUCAAUACAACUGGUGAAGUGCCUAUUUACACGAGAAGUUACCGAUAUUGA